AUGACAAAAAAACGCGCUUACGCUCUGGUCGUGCCGACUGGGUGUGAGGCGCUGGUCGCCCACGCGCGCGCCGGACCUGCUCCGGGCACGUCCGGCGCUGGCGCGGCGCGCCUGUUCCACAGCCCCCAUGCACCAGGUAGCUUCUGGCUCGCCACUUCACUCGGAUCCUCUGCAGCGGUCUCGCGCUCUCGCCACGACAGCACGCCGACGGCAAGCUUUGAGGUCCGUCUGGUCGACCUGCUGCGGCCACAGCCGCCCCUCACAUGA